AUGUCUCUCAGAGACUACAUCAGAGGUCUUCAACCUGUCCCCGAUGAGGGUUUGUUUCCUCAAAAUCCGGCGGACACUGAACUGUCCAUCGGUGAAGGCGACUACGACGAAAACUUAUGCUUUUAUAAACGACCUGGCCUCUUUCACUUCGAGCCCGGGAGAGUACGAGCACACCAACAUUGGUUCUUGACGAGAUUUAUGAUGGAGAGUCUUGACAAAAAUCCCUACCCAAGCAUCAUCCACUAUAAAGGAUAUUGCGUUAAGCGUGGCCGUAUCACUGGAAUCGUUCUUGACAAGUAUCAAAUGAUCAUGGAGUAA